GGGCUGGGUCCAGCCAUGGGGACAGGAGUGGGGACACGGGGCUGGGUCCGGCCAUGGGGCAGCAGUGGGGACACGGGGCUGGGGAUCCCCGCAGAGACGUACCAGAUCGGGCAGCAGACGCGGGCACACGAGGGCAGCGUCUUCGCUCUGUGCCGCCGCCGCGACGGAACGGUGCUGAGCGGCGGGGGGAAGGACAGGAGGCUGCUGAGCUGGAGCCCGGAUCUGACCCUCCUGCAGGAGGCCGAAAUCCCCGAACGCUUCGGGGCGGUGCGGACCAUCGCCGAGGGAGCCGGGGACGAACUGCUGGGUCACACGGAUGAGGUUUGGGGUUUGGCCACUCACCCCACGCGCUGCCUCUUCCUCACCUGCGGCCACGACCGGCAGCUCUGCCUGUGGGACGGGCAGGAGCACGCGCUGGAGUGGAGCCUGGCCCUGGAGGACACCGGGCUGUGCGCUGAUUUCCACCCCGGGGGGCAGGUGGUGGUCGUGGGGCUGCUGACAGGGAGGUGAGUGAUG